AUGGGUGUGUUUCAAGUCAUUCUAAGAGUAUCUUUUGUGGCCAUGCUCAUCAAAUUGGCCAUGGCUACUAAUCACCUUGUUGGAGGACCAAAUGGUGGAUGGGAUACAAGAUCGGACCUUCAAACAUGGGCAUCUUCCCUACAAUUUUACGUCGGAGACAAUCUCGUUUUCCAAUAUCCACCAAACCAUAAUGUGGUUGAAGUUACAAAAUCAGAUUAUGAGUCAUGCCAGCAAACAAAUCCAAUUCAAUCUUCCAAUGAUGGUGCCACAACCAUUCCUCUCACAUCACAAGGCAAAAGAUACUUCAUUUGUGGAACAAUGGGGCAUUGCAGCCAAGGAAUGAAAGUUGAAAUAAACACACUUGCCACUCAAAUCUCUCCCACCUCUCCAGCUACAGCAUCUCCUCCAACAGCAGCAUCUCCUCCAAUAGCAGAUUCUCCAAUUGUUUCCAUCAUUCCCUCUGCAGCUCCAGAAGAAACUACUACUCCUUCACCUGCAGAAUCUCCUGAAUCACCAAGUCCCUUGUUCCAAACACAAAUGGAAACUCCUACAUUAUCUCCGGUUAUUCCUUCCACUGAAUUUCUAGCUCCUAAUUCUCCUCUACCACAACGUUCAGAGGACGUGUCGGCUUCAUCGACUGUGAAAGGAAAUUUACAAGCCUUUAUUUCAAUAGUGUUGAGUUUUGUGGCGUAUAUGACCUUCUUCUAA